CGGGAAGAGAGCGGCCAUUUUAGCUCUGAAGGAGAGAGAUCCUAGUGUGGUUCGAUGGCGGACCUGGACUCCCGUGGCGUGCGCCUGCUCACUCUAAGUGGCCAUGUGGGCUUCGACAGCCUCCCAGAGCAGCUGGUGUGCAGGCAGUUGUGCCAAGGCUUCACCUUCAACAUCAUGUGCGUGGGUGAGACAGGCAUUGGCAAGUCUACGCUUAUGAACACACUCUUCAACACGGACUUCGACUCCCAGGAGUGCAGCCACUUUGAGAGGUGCGUGCGGCUCCGGCAGUGCUGCUACAACCUGUGCGAGUGUGACGUGCACCUGCGGCUGACCAUCGUGGAAGCCCAGGGCUUUGGGGACCAAAUGGACAAGGAUGUGGAGCCCAUCGUGAACUACGUGGAUGCACAGUUCGAGAGCUACCUGCAGGAGGAGCUCAAGGUGCAGCGCUGCCUCUACGAUUACCUGGACACACGUGUGCACGUGUGCCUCUACUUCAUCACACCCACCGGGCACUCUCUCAAGUCCCUGGACCUGGUGACUCUGAAGCGGCUAGACAGCAAGGUGAACAUCAUCCCCAUCAUCGCCAAGGCCGACACCCUGACCAAAUGCGAGCUGCUCAAGUUCAAGAACAAGAUCAAGAACGAUCUGGGUAGAAACGGUGUCCGCAUCUAUCAGUUCCCCACAGAUGACGAAGCCGUGGCCCAGAUCAAUGUCGCCAUGAACGCCCACUUGCCUUUCGCGGUGGUGGGCAGCAUGGACGAGGUUUGUGUGAACAACAAGCUGGUGCGAGCCCGGGAAUACCCAUGGGGCGUCGUGCAGGUGGAUGAUGAUGAUCACAGCGACUUUGGGAAACUCCGUGAGAUGCUGAUCCGCGUAAACAUGGAAGACCUCCGUGAGCAGACCCACCGCUGUCACUACGAGCUCUACCGCUGCUGCAGGCUGAAGGAGAUGGGCUACCAGUCCUCUCUGCGGGAGUACAAACCCUCUGUUUCCCAGGGCAGUGAAUGUGUGGAGGCCAUGAGGAAGCAGCUUGCGGAGGAGCUGUGCAGGAAGGAGAGGGAGAUGAAGCAGAUGAUAGUGAACCGAAUGAAGCAGAAGGAGGUGGAGGUGAAGGAGAUGGAGAGGGAGUUGCAGGCGAGGUUGGAAUGCCUGAAGAGGAUCUACCAGGAAGAGAGGCAGAAGGUGGAGGAGAAGAGGAAGCAGCUGGAGGAUGAGAAAAUUGCCUUCAACCAAAGGAAGGCAGCCUGCGAGGCCAUGAUGAAAGCCCAAGCUGCCCAUCCUCCAAGAGGAGACAGAGAGCAGAAUAAUUGAACCACCUACAGGUAGACAUCGCCAAUGGACUUGGGACUUGGCUGGGUUCAGUUUCUUGAGUUGCCUACACCGUUGUGAUUGUUCUCUUAAAGCUAGUACAGGCUUAAGCAAAGGCUUAAAGCUCUUCACAUGGGCUGGGCUGCAUCACACCAGGCUCCAAGCAAAGACAAGAAGUGCUCCAUUGUUGGAACACAGACUGACAAGGUGUAUUUUUUUCAGAACUAGUGGUGGAUCUUCCAUUUAUGGUGCCACACAUUGGAGUACUUUGUGCCAAUUUAGUGACCCCAGCCAGGUUAUGCUUAACUGUUCAAAGUUGAGAUGGCCUUUAUAAGAAGUCUGUUCUAUAUAUAACCAAAUAGUCUCACAUAUGUGUGAUGAAAUUCACUUGAAUUACUUAAAUUUUUUUUAUCAGUUUAACUUUCCCAAGAAUUUUAUAAACAUUUCCAAAUUUGUACCUUGAUGCAAGUAAAGCCAAGUAACAUCCCUUUCCCUUCCUCAUCUUUGCUGGCCCUUCUCCCUCUUCCUUCCUGUCAGAGAGCAGAAGAGCUGCAAGAGCUAGGCAGCUGGAGAUAACUGAGUUGCCCAGGGUCACACAAGCUAGGAAGUGUCUAAGGUCAGAUUUGGACCCAGGUCCAUCUGACUCCAGGCCUCGCACUCUUAUCUAGUAGCUCCAACCUUUCCAUUAUUUCUUAUAAGUAACACACUUCUCAUUAAAACAGAUGACUAAAAUUCUCAUAACUUUUCCAAAGUAUUAUAAAAUAUACACAGAAGAUAUAUAAUAUACUUUAUCUCAUGACAAAAAAAAAGUAGCUGGAGAGAGUUUGGAAUCUGCUGUAUUCAUAUGGAUCUCUACAUGUUGUAUGUGAAACAGUAGAGGGAAUGAGAGUGUUCAUUCUAGAGAAGAGAAAACUGUUAUUAGAUAUUUGGAACAUAAUUCAAGUAAGAAAUGUAAAAUUCUUUUGUGAAUUGCUUGUUCAUAAAUGUUGAACCCCUCUCUAUUAUUAGGGAAUGGUUUUUGUUCUUGUAUAUUUUUGUUAGUUAUCUACACAUCUUGAAUAUGUAAACAAACCCUUAUUAGAAAUAUUUUUCCCAGUUGACUGCUUCCAUUCUUAUCCUAUAUACAUUUAUUUUGUUUAUGCAAAAGACUUUCAAUUUCGUGUAAUAAAAAUUAUCUAUUUUAUCCUUUAUAA